CUCUGCUCAGCUUACUUAAAACGGAGAACUGGACGUGGAGCAAUCUCAAUCUCACAUCAUUUCAUAUAAUACUACAUAUAGAUUCCAUUCAUGUGAUGUAUCAAUGGAGACCUUCAUUUCACUUGCAAGUACGCCUGACCUCCAUUAGACCAAAACUAACUCAGAAAGCUUGGAGCAUAGAGCCAGGCGCAAGAAAGAAUCAAUGGCGCCCAUCCCUCUGAUGACGCCGUACAAGAUGGGCGAAUCGCUGGAGCUCGCGCACCGGGUGGUGCUGGCGCCGCUGACGAGGCAGCGUUCGUACGGCAACGUGCCGCAGCCGCACGCCGCCGUGUACUACUCGCAGCGCGCCACCGCCGGCGGCCUUCUGCUGACGGAGGCCACGGGCGUGUCCGCCACGGCGCAGGGGUACAGGGACACGCCGGGCGUCUGGACGCCGGAGCAGGUCGAGGCUUGGAAGCCCGUCGUGGACGCCGUGCACGCCAAGGGCGCCCGCAUCUUCUGCCAGCUCUGGCACGUCGGCCGCGUGUCCAGCUUCGAGUUCCAGCCCGGCGGGGCGGCGCCGGUGUCCAGCACGGAGCGGCAGGUGGGCCCGCAGGUCAGGCACGACGGCUCCCUCGAGGAGUUCUCGCCGCCGCGGAGGCUCGCGGCCGAGGAGAUCCCCGGCGUCGUCGACGACUUCCGGAACGCCGCCAGGAACGCCAUCCAAGCUGGCUUUGACGGCGUCGAGAUCCACGGCGGCAACGGGUACCUGAUCGAGCAGUUCCUCAAGGACAGCGCCAACGACCGCACCGACGAGUACGGCGGCAUUCUCCAAAACAGGUGCCGCUUCGCUUUAGAGGUGGUCGACGCCGUGGCGAAGGAGGUCGGCGGACACCGUGUCGGCAUCCGCCUCUCGCCAUUCAUGGACUACAUGGACUGCCACGACUCCGACCCGCACGCGCUCGCGCUGCACCUCGCCACGGAGCUCAACGGCCACGGCAUCCUCUACGUCCACAUGAUCGAGCCUCGGAUGGCGCUCGUCGGCGGCCGCCGGGUCGUGCCUCACCGGCUGCGGCCUUACAGGGAUGCAUUCAAGGGCACCUUCAUUGCUAAUGGUGGGUACGACAGGGAGGAAGGGGACAAAGCGAUUGCCGAGGGGUAUGCCGAUCUCGUCUCGUUUGGGAGGCUCUUUCUCGCGAACCCGGACCUUCCGAGGAGGCUGGAGCUGAAUGCGCCGCUCAACAAGUACAACCGGAUGACCUUCUACGUCUCCGACCCUGUCAUCGGCUACACCGACUACCCAUUCCUUCCUUGAGACUUCACUUCAAUUUUUUUGAUAUUACAGCAUCUAUUUCGAAUAAAAUUUUAGGUGAGUCGGAGAUAAUGUUACUUCCCCGAACUAAUUAGUCGUUGCUGUCUCGGUCACUUGGACUUUGAGACGGAAUUUGCGACUCCCGGCUUUCCACUUGCUCUCGUGGCCAUUUUGACAUGCUAUAUGUUAUCUUUGUUGUGAUUUUCUCAUAUUUUUUUCGAAAA